AUGGUCUUCAGCAGGGCACCUGUGAUUCAGGGCCUCAAGAAUGGCGUUGGGCAAGCCACUCGACCAGCUGUCUGGGUCUCCUCCUCCUUGUUGAGACUGGAUGAUUUUCAGGGGCUGGAAGAAACUGGAUCAGGACUUGAAAUAGAAGGCAUCAAAUUUCGGGAAGACCCGGGCUCCAUGCCCCUGGUCCCCAUGCUGCCGCCACUGCCUGCUCCUCCAGGUCGGGGACCUGGGGGAGGGAGGAUCUCUGUCUUCUCUCUUCCCUCUGCUCCCCAUACAAGAAGCUCCCCCACUUCACUGUUCCCUCCUACCUCUGGCUCCCUGUGCCUGGGUCUACAGGGGACAGGGGCUUCUCAGACCUACCACACUGCCCUGCCCAUCCCAGCCACCCCCCCAAAACGGGCACAGUCUACAUCAAUGCCCAGCUGUGCUUCCCCCUCCUGGGGACCCCAGUCCAUCCCCUCCCUGGCCUCGUCCACCCCCUCUCCCUCACACCGCUGCGCCCAGGACCCUGGUGGGCUUCGGAUGGGCCGUCUGGUCUCAGAGCAGGAUUACGAGAGGCUGGAAGACUGUGACCCCGAGGGGUCCCGAGACUCACCCCUCCAUGGGGAGGAGCAGCAGCCCUUACUUCACGUGCCUGAAGGGCUUCGGGGCUCCUGGCAUCACAUCCAGAACCUGGACACAUUCUUCACCAAUGUCUACAGCUACCACCAACGGAAUGGCUUCACCUGUAUCCUUCUGGAGGACGUCUUCCAGCUGGGACAAUUCCUUUUCAUCGUCACCUUCACAACCUUCCUCCUUCGCUGCGUGGACUACGACAUUCUCUUCGCCAAUCAACCAAACAACCAUACAAAACCCUGGCCGGUCCAACGCAAAGUGGCCUUGUCAGAUGCCAUCCUACCCUCUGCCCAGUGUGCAGAGAGGAUCCAUGCCAGCCCCCUGCUGGUCUUCCUCCUCAUCCUGGCUGCCUGCUACUGGCUGUUCCAGCUGCUUCGCUCCCUCCGCAACCUCUUCAGCUACUGGGACAUCCAGGUGUUUUACAGGGAGGCCCUGCACAUCACUCCGGAGGAGCUCAGCUCCGUUCCCUGGGCAGAGGUCCAGUCGCGCCUCCUGGAGCUUCAGCGGAGUGGGGGUCUGUGUGUGCAGCCCCGGCCGCUGACCGAAUUGGACGUACACCAUCGCAUCCUGCGCUACACCAACUACCAGGUGGCACUGGCCAACAAGGGCCUGCUGCCGGCCCACUGUCCGCUGCCAUGGGGAGGCAGCGUCGCCUUCCUCAGCCGUGGCCUGGCACUCAAUGUCGACCUGCUGCUCUUUCGUGGGCCCUUCUCACUCUUCCGCGGGGGCUGGGAGCUGCCUGAAGCCUAUAAGCGCAGCGACCAACGAGGCGCCCUGGCGGCACGCUGGGGGCGCACGGUGCUGCUGCUAGCCGCCGUGAACAUGGCCCUGAGCCCGGUGGUGCUGGCCUGGCAGCUGCGCGCCGCAGAGCCCCCUGCGCCCCUGCGAGCGCUACUGGCCCGCCAGCUCCUCUUCUUCGCCGGCGCGCUCUUUGCCGCCCUGCUGCUUCUCACUGUCUACGACGAGGAUGUGCUCACCGUAGAGCACGUGUUCACUACCAUGACUGCACUCGGGCUCGUGGCCACCGUGGCCAGGUGUUUCCUCCCAGAGGAGCAAGGUCAGGGGCGACCCCCGCAGCUCCUGCUGCAGGCGGCCCUGGCCCACAUGCACUACUUCCCCGAGGAGCCCGGUUGCGGUGGUAGAGACAGCAACUAUAGGCAGAUGUCGCAACUGCUGCAGUACCGAGCGGCCUCCCUCUUGGAAGAGCUCCUGUCCCCAGUCCUCACCCCGCUGUUUCUGCUCUUGUGGUUCCGUCCUCGAGCCCUGGAGUUUAUUGACUUUUUUCAUCACUUCACUGUGGAUGUGGCCGGGGUUGGAGAUAUCUGCUCCUUCGCCCUCAUGGAUGUGAAACGCCACGGCCACCCUCAGUGGCUUUCAGAGGGACAGACAGAGGCCUCUGUGGCCCAGCGGGCUGAGAACGGAAAGACUGAGCUCUCCCUGAUGCGGUUCUCACUGGCACACCCACAAUGGCGCCCCCCAGGGGACAGUUCUAAGUUUCUUGGCCACCUUCGAGGCAGGGUACAACAAGAUGCAGCUGCCUGGGGCACCACCUCUGCUCGAAGUCCCCCAACCCCAGGAGUGCUUAGUGAUUGCACCUCGCCUCUGCACCCAGAUGCCUUCCUGGCCAACCUCUUAGUGAACCCCAUCCUGCCCCCGAGGGACAUGAGCCCCACAGCCACUCGCCCAGCUGCUGCCACAGCCAGUGUUCUUGCCUCUAUUUCCCGAAUUACCCAGGACCCCAGCUGUGUGUCCCCAGGAGGCACUGGGGGCCAGAAGCUAGUCCAGCUCCCAGAGCUGGCCUCUGCUGAGAUGAGUCUCCAUGCCAUCUACCUGCACCAGCUCCAUCAACAGCAGCAGCAGGAGCUGUGGGGAGAAGCCUCAGCCUCCUCGCCCUCCAGGGCCUGGUCCAGCCCCUCACAGCCAGCCUCACCCGAUGAGGAGAAGCCAUCCUGGUCAAGUGAUGGCUCCAGCCCUGCCUCUAGCCCCAGACAGCAGUGGGGAAAACCGAGGGCCCAGAAUCUGUUUCCUGAAGGGUUUCAGGAGACCGUAGGUACCCAGAGGGAGCCUGGACAGGGCCCUGGCACCGAUUGAGACAACACCUCAGGUUUUCCACAGAGAGGACUGUAGCUUGGAACAUCUUACGCCUGUGCACAUGGAUCAAGCCUAGGGUGGGCAGGGGCCAAAAAAAAGAGCCUGAGCCAGGGAGCAUGGCCUGGUCCCUGAGUAAGUGAGCCCUGCCCCCACCUCCAGCCAGCUGGAUGGGUGAGGUCCAGACCGCACCUGGCAGCAACUGCAAGCCCUGGGCCUGGGGACUCAGCCGGUACCGCUGACGUUUCCAGCUGCGUUUGGGACUGAAUAUAUCUCUGGCAGCAGCCUUGGCAUCCUCUCCCACACAGAAAGUCUCACAGGCGGCCUGAGGGAGAAGUUGGUGACUGCUGAGGACCUCCUGCCACCAGGGAGCAUGGAGAGGUGGAGCUGGACCUGUGGGAUCCUCACAGCCUCUUUUCUUCCUCCAGUGGCCACAAGAGCCAGGGAGGCUGAGGUUGUUCCUGUGGGUGCACAGCUCUGAUGGCAGGAAGGAGGAUGAGGGCAGUGCAUGCCUCAGUUUCCCCACAUUGACAUCUCUGGGUUCCCGUGAAGGUGAAAUGAGGUACUUUAUGCAAAGCCUUCAGCAUGGCUGGUGUGUGUGGAGAGCAAGGCUUACUGCCAGCAGGAGGGUGUGUACACCAAACCAGGCUUGAGAUUGGGCUGGUCUGUGAUUGGCUGAGCCCCAUAUCACUGGGUCUUGCUGCUGUUUCUUUUGUGGUGUGCAGUGUUAUAUCUCUUCCUUCCUUCCUCCGCCCCUCUCCCUUCCUUCCUAUCCCCACAGCUACUGACCCUGAGCCCUAUCAUCUUGCUUCUACGAUGCACUAACUGAUCCCGAGCCCCCAAUAUCAUGUUUCUGAAGAUUCUGUGGUCUCGCCCUGCUCUGAAACUUUCAGUGGCUCCUUUUAUGCAUAUUCAAAAGUCUUCUUUUCCAGUCCCUUCUUGCCAGUCUGGGCUGCUUCUCCAGUUUGGCUACCUCCCCAGCAAGCCCACCCUCUGCCUCCUCCUAGGAGCCGUCCUCUCAGCCAUGGUCCCAGACCUGCUGAGCUCAAGCCUAAUGGAGGGAUGGGUGGUCCUCCUGCACUGGAGGGGGAGGAGCAUGUGCUCCUCCCUGACCCAGUUCCAGGUGGAAUUGCCAGAUAGGAAGUGCUGUCUGGGGUGGGGUGGGGGAGCUCAGGUUUACAGUCAGUUAGUGGGGCCCUCCAUGGGCCAGGAACACCCCUGCAGGCCAGGCCCUGACCUGGCCUCUGAUAGCCUGAAGUCUUUUCUGGCUUCAAUUUCAGCCUUCACCUUCUCCCUUUCUCUUUCCUACCAUACUGUCUGCCCUCCUUUUGUGGGCCCACUCAUGGGGCUCAGCCUGUGCCCUGCCAGGCCCUCCCUGCUUACUCUGAGCCACACUUUCACCUGGGCACUGUACCUCCUGUUAAUAGAGCACGUUGUCCACGACUUGGAACUGAGCCCAGAGGGCUGGCUGUGCCAUGAUGAUACAAGGUGGAUUAUGGAAGGAACAGAAAGGAGCUAGAGAACCACACAGGACCAGGGGAGCAGUGAGCUUCCAGCCUCAUCACUGCAGGCCUGGUGGUAAAGACAUGGAGGCUGGGUCUAAGCUUGGUGAGAGGUGGCAUGCUGAGUGCAGGGCUGGACAGGGUCGGGGCUAGGGACAUCAGAGGCUCACCU